UGUGGCGUAAAGGCGUUGUACACGUUCGAGAUUAAUUUGAUUCCACUCAAAAGAAAGCAAAAAUUUGGACAUUGUGAUUAUUUAUGGUUAGAUGUCAUAUUUUAGUAAUGUCUACGUGAAAUUACAUCGAAGAGGAAACGUCGCAUUUCCCCAAACAUUUCGCUUAUAUCGUCGCGUAGACUGACGUCACGCAUAAAUGACGAUUGGUGAUGACGUAAACUUGUCGCAGUCACUCCACAGUUAGGAUGAAUAAUUUUUUUUUCAAAGACUGAAGAUGACGCUCCAAAACGAGUGGUAAAAAAAAUGAAAAGUUAAGUCAACUUUCAAUUUCAUGAGUCCUUUUUUUUUUUGUCAUCGUUUGUGUUCCAUUUACAUUUCUGUAGCUCAUGCUAGCGAAGCGUGGCUUUUAAAAGAAUGACUAGAUUCGCAAAUGACGGGAAAACAGUCAAAAAUCGAAGUGGGUGCUCUGACAGAGUAUGAGCUUCAACAGUUAUACAAGGCUUUGUUGAUUGCCUCAUGCCGGUUGGAUCCCAGAGACCCAAUCCAGUUUUUGAAAAACACCCUGAUCACCUUCCAGGGACACGACAAUCUGCAGAAUGUGGACUGGAACAAGUUUCUCAGCGAUAGCGCGCAGCGGUCAGUGCUCGCCUCUCUGCAAUUGGAUGACGCGGAAUAUAUGGACUCCGAUGAACUCAAGGCGAUUUUCCGCAAAUAUGAGAUGGCCUACUCCUGUUACAGGAGCAAACUGACAAGUUCCUGUUUCAGGAGCUGGAAGAAUUUCACAAUUGCCAGCGUGACGGAUGCCACCGAACUGUCUCAAAAGAUGGAAACUGCGAUGAUGCACUACGACCGGCGGAAGCAGGAAGUGCCGUUCCUUGCGUGGAUGCGCUGGGUCAAGUUCAAGAAGGAGUCGCGAGUUGAGGCCGUGCGUAAACUGGUGGGGGUUCUGAAGACCUGCGUCCUCAAACGCAUCAUAACCGCAUGGAAGAAUGUUGUGAAGGAGGCGCAGAGGACCAAAGAUUACUUUAAGAAGCUGCAGAACGACCUGGAGAUGGAACGCCAACAAAGCCAAGUUGGGGAGGGAUGUGAUUGGCUCUCAGCUCUGCCCAACCACAUCUCACUUAAGAUCUUCCAGUAUAUGGAACUGCGAGACUUGCUGAGCUGUUCGGAAGUCUGCUGCAGUUGGAGAAGCCUCAUCCAUUCGGGCACUUUGUGGAGUAAGAUCAACGUCUCAGUGGAUAAGCGCUGGAUAACAAACGAGACCAUGAGGGAGGUCCUGCUGAAUUUCCGUCCGUUCGUCAUCCACCUGAAUCUGCGCGCCUGCACCUCCUUGGACUGGUCCAGCUUGAAACACAUUGGCGAAUGCAGAAAUCUGCAAGAGCUCAACGUGUCCGAGUGUUUUAAUAUCACGGAUGCCAUGAUCGAGUCGAUUGUGGAGGGCUGCAACUCCUUGCUGUACCUGAACCUUUCCGGCACCCUGCUGACAGACGCCACCCUCAGAGAGCUGGCCAGCCACUGCAUCAACCUCCAGUACCUGAGCUUGGCCUACUGCCACAAAAUGACGGACGAAGGAUUUGAGUACCUGAGCUCGGGUCAAGGCUGCCACAAUCUGCUGCACCUCGACCUGUCCGGCUGUUCCCAGGUGACGGCGACGGGCUUCGCUUACAUCUCCGAAGCGUGUCCUUAUCUCAGGGAGGUUUUGCUCAACGACGUGCACGACCUGUCAGACAACGCCAUCUCUGCGCUGAUGGCCCGAUGCCACUGUUUGGCCUCCAUCUCUCUGCUGGAGGCGUGGCAACUGUCCGACGCCGCCGUCAAAGCCAUCGCCGAAGUGGCCAAACUCAAGAGUUUCAGCUUGGAGGGUAACAACCACGUGAGCCACGUGAGCUGGAAGGCGCUGUGCAGCGGCUCGCGAGGCCUUCGCCGGCUGCACGUCGUCCACUGCCACAAGAUGGGCGACACCGCCCUCAAGUCUGUGGCCACCCUCCGGAACUUGCAGUAUCUGGACAUCUCGCUUUGUAGCAGGGUGACGGAUAAGGGCCUCCUUACCUUGGCCGAGAGCCCCUCGGCCAACAAACUGCGAGAGCUCAACGUGAGUUACUGCUGUCAGAUCACCGACGCGGCCAUCGGCGUCAUCGGUCACAGGUUUACCAAACUGUCCCACCUGAACCUGAGCUACUGCGAGCAGAUUACCGACGCCGCCCUGGAGUGUCUGAUGGGCAGCUCCAUCAGCUCUCUGGACAUCAGCGGCUGCAACAUUCAAGACGAUGGCCUGGCUGCUCUCGAGGAGGUUCCUUUGAAAAAGUUGAUUCUUGCCGAAUGCAUCAACAUCACGGACGUCGGUAUGGAGAAUUUGUGCAAGUAUGUGACCGAUCUGGAGUACGUGGACGUGUCGGGCUGCUCGGAACUGUCCGACCAGGCCAUCAAAGCUUUUUCCUUUUACUGCAGAGGUUUGUUAACGCUGCGGAUGGCAGAUUGUCCAAAGAUAACCGACAUGGGAAUGCAGUGCCUUUCACACGGGGCGGCCCAGUACCUGCGGGAGCUGGACGUGAGCAGAUGCGCGCUGACCGAUCGCGCCGUCAGAUACAUCGAGAGGCUCUGCCCGCCGCUCUCGUCCAUCACCAUGCACGGCUGCAACCGCGUCUCGGAGGAUGCCGCCAUGAGGCUGCAGCCGUACGUGCAGCACUGGGAGUACAGCAACGAGCAAACCAAAUUGUGGCUUCGAUAAAGCGAGCCACGUGCACGGAGGAAUCGGAUCCGGACGCUUGACAAUCCCACCAGUGAAG